GAAGCCAUGGUACUAAAUUUCUUCACUAUUCUCUUUAUUGUAAUUUUAUAUAAGGUCACCAUUACCAUACGCUUAAUGAUAUAAAUAGUGUUGUUUUGAGACAGAGAAAAUUUGCCAUUGAAUUGUGAAUCGUGAAAGUAAUCGGUACGUGACUGUUACUCAAUUUAAACGUAUUACAGUUUUUACAAUUUGAAUAUAUUUUUUACAGGAAACAAUUAUGUCUGAAACAAAAGCAGUAAUCAAAAAUGCUGAUAUGUCAGAAGAUAUGCAACAAGAUGCUGUAGAUUGUGCUACACAAGCUCUGGAAAAAUACAAUAUUGAAAAAGAUAUUGCAGCUUUUGUGAAAAAAGAAUUUGACAAGAAAUACAAUCCUACAUGGCAUUGUAUUGUUGGAAGAAAUUUUGGAAGUUACGUAACACAUGAAACGAAACAUUUCAUCUAUUUUUAUUUGGGACAAGUAGCAUUUCUUCUCUUCAAAUCUGGUUAACAUUAUUCAUUAAUGCACAAUGAUAUAGAAUUUCAAAUUUCAACAGAAAAAAAAAACAAAAACAGUAAUAUGCUUGAACAACAACAAAAAAAAAAGAAAUUUACUAUUUUCUAACUUUUAUUGUACAAAACCUAAAAAAAUAUAUACAUAGCGAAAACAACAUGGGUUGAUCCACUAAGUGCGUUUCAGUUUGUGUACUUUAAAUGUUCUGCCUUUUUUUUAUAUAACAAAUCAAUAAUAGAACAUCAUUUGCAUUAUGAGUAAAUUAUACAAUAAAUAAACAGUUAUUUAUAGAG